AUGAGGAAAUGGUCGUUUGUGGUCAUUACGGGUACGCACGCAAAAAAUGCGUACCAAGGCAAGCCCAAAAUUCUACAACAGUUGUUCAAAAGCGAGCUAUCCAAGGUCGGAAUGAAAUACACAGAGCCGGUAGAUCUAAGCGACGAUCGAUAUGUUAGUGUCCAAACUAUAGAAGACACCGACAAGAUUUUUCAGGUUGCUAGAAAGUAUGGUUUAAGCUGGCUCUUUAUCAUCUUGCCAAAACGUAUGCCAGCACCAAUGUAUAACUCUAUCAAGAGGCUCGGUGAUCUUCGCUACGGCAUUGCAACAAGCUGUGUCGACGGUAAUAAGCUUAGUGCGCAGGCGAAUCCCGCUCAAUACUUAGCCAACAUUUCCAUGAAGCUCAAUUUAAAGCUUGGUGGAAACAAUCAGCUUCUAAAAUUUAAUGAGCUAACCUCACUCAACUUCAGCGAGACUAUGGUUGUGGGCAUUGAUGUCACCCACCCGUCCCCUUCAUCCGGCAAGAAUACCCCAAGCAUCGCUGCAGUUGUUGCAACUAUCAACUCCUCUCUUGGACAAUGGCCGGCUGUGAUCCGACGGCAAGCGAAGGCACGCCAGGAGAUGGUAUCAGAGCUUGCGGAUAUGCUUUACUCACGACUAUUUAUAUGGAAAAAGAACAAUCCAGCCUACCCGAAGAACAUUCUGGUUUAUCGCGAUGGUGUAUCUGAAGGCCAGUACGAGAUAGUACUCAAUCAAGAGCUACCUCUUCUGCGUGAGGCCUGUACUCGCAUCCCCAUCUAUCAGAAAAAUCCGCCGCGGCUUACCGUGGUCAUUGUUGGGAAGCGUCACCAUACGCGAUUCUACACACCUGGUACUAAACAAUCCAACCCUUUGCCUGGAACUAUUGUCGACCGGGGCGUGACGGAGGCCCGGUACUGGGAUUUCUAUCUUCAACCCCACGACGCGAUAAAGGGGACCGCACGCCCGAUACACUACUUUGUUCUACACGACGAGAUAUUCCGAACUCUUAGCAAACCAGUUAGCGAGCUAGAGGCCGUAACACAAGGGCUCUGCUAUGUGUUCGGUCGUGCCACGAAACCGGUUAGUGUUUGCACUCCUGCCUAUUAUGCCGAUAUAGCAUGUGAGCGGGCUCGUUGCUAUCUCGACCAUCUAUUCGAUGACCCUGGUCAAUGGAAAGCACACGAACUCGAGAAAUCUAAGGAUGUUCAGGAACCUAACCUGGAGAAAGUCCCUGCCGAGGAUGGGAUAAAACUUCAUCCUAAUAUCAGAGAUACUAUGUUUUACAUCUGA